GCGCGGGUGACUCAGGCGCGGGCGACUCCGGGCGGACGCGGAGCCGGGAUCCCUCCGAGCGCCGCCUUUGUUCCGCGAAGGAAGGGCGAGCAAGCGCAGAGCCCCGCGUGCUCCCACGGGCUUCGAGCUCGGCUCCUUCGGACGCCGCAGUCCCUUCGCCAUGGUGCCCAGGAGGAACGCGCACCGCUGGCGCCUGCGGUGGCUGCUCUCCAUCGCCGCGCUCCUCUCUGCGCUCCCCCGGGCGGCGCGCGCCUCCGCGACAGGGUCAGCCGCCCACGGCCAUCUGGACCUCACAGAGCUCAUCGGCGUCCCGCUGCCCUCAUCUGUGUCCUUUGUCACGGGCUACGGUGGUUUUCCAGCUUACAGCUUUGGACCUGGUGCCAACGUUGGCCGCCCCGCCAGGACCCUCAUCCCGUCCACCUUCUACCGGGACUUUGCCAUUGGAGUGGCAGUGAAGCCCAGUAGCGCUCAGGGCGGUGUGCUCUUUGCCGUCACUGAUGCCUUCCAGAAGGUCAUCUACCUGGGCCUGCGGCUCUCCGGUGUGGAGGAUGGCCACCAGCGGGUCAUCCUCUAUUACACCGAACCAGGCUCCCACGUGUCCCAGGAGGCUGCUGUCUUCUCGGUGCCCGUGAUGACCAACAGGUGGAAUCGCUUUGCCGUGACCGUCCAGGGCGAGGAAGUGGCCCUCCUCAUAGACUGUGAGGAGCACAGCCAUGUCCUUUUCCAGCGCUCCUCCCGGCCUUUGACUUUUGAGCCCAGCACAGGGAUUUUUGUGGGCAAUGCAGGUGCCACGGGGCUGGAGAAAUUCACGGGCUCCAUCCAGCAGCUCACCAUCUACACUGAUCCAAGGACCCCCGAAGAACUGUGUGAAGCCCAAGAGUCUUCGGCAUCUGGAGAAGGCAGCGGGUUUCAGGAGCUGGACACCGUCGCUGAGAUCCUGGAAGCUGUCACCUAUACUCAAGCCCCGCCUAAGGAAGCACGUGUUGAACCCAUAAGCUCACCUCCUACUUCAUCCCCUCUUGCUGAGGACACAGAGCUUUCUGGUGAACCUGUACUGGAAGGGACACUGGAAACCAACUUGAACAUCACUGGGCAAAACAGCCCUGAGCAAGGGUCUGGUGAGAUCCUGAACGAAACACUGGAGUGGGUUCCUGCUGCGGACAGGGACCCCAGAACUGAUGAGGGUUCUGGGGAUGGGACUUUCUUAGAUGUCACCGAAGGUUGGGUGCCGUCAGCAACAGUGACAGGGGAAGCCAAGGAGCCUGUUACCACUGCCCAGGGCACAGAGAUUGGCAGUGUGCCCACUGGGAGACCACCUCUGGCCAUGUCCACCCAGAACCUCAGGGAAGUGUCCACUCUCGAUCCAGAGAAUGAAGAGACUCUAGCAACAUCCGCAGCAGGGAAGGCCGAGGUGCCCACCAGCACUGCUGGGCAAGCAGACACUGGCAGCAUGACACCCGGGGAACCAGCCCUGACCACAGCCCCCCAGAUGGAAGGAACCACUCUGGGUUCAAGUGGCAGAGAAUGGUCGGGCACAACUGCAGCUGCCUCCAGAGUGCCGCUCCGCACUUUUGAGGAAGAGGAAGCCAGCGGAGCUGCCACAGACAGCCUGGCUGCUUUCACCCACGCAGUAGACCUUGGACAAGGGGUCACUUCUGCACCUGCUGACGGGGAAGACGUGGUGGAGGCCUCCACGGAGGAGCCUGGAGGGGAGGGGUCUGGCGGAGCACCCCCUGGCGGGCCUCCACUCCCUAUGCCCACUGUGACUCCUGAGAGACAGGUCACUCUGGCACAAGGAGUACACAUGGGAACAACGGGACAGGCCGCACCCACAGAAGAAAAGGUGGGAGUGGAGGCUGAGGGCUCCGGCCAGGGCUGGGGCCUAGAUGUCGGCGGCUCGGGGUCCGGAGACGCGGAGGGCAGUGAGGAGCUGUUGAGAGGUCCCCCAGGCCCUCCGGGCCCACCCGGAUCACCUGGGAUUCCAGGAAAACCAGGAACUGAUGUUUUCAUGGGACCCCCUGGCUCCCCUGGAGAGGAUGGAGCUGCUGGCGAGCCUGGGCCCCCGGGCCCGGAGGGACGGCCUGGACCUGAUGGAGCCUCUGGCCUUCCAGGGAUUAAAGGGGAAAAGGGAGCCAGAGGUCCCAAUGGCUCCGCGGGUGAGAAGGGAGACCCUGGAAGCCGGGGCUUGCCAGGGUCCCCGGGGAGAACUGGACAAGCCGGCACUCCUGGAGUCAUGGGACCUCCAGGACCACCUGGACCUCCUGGGCCCCCAGGCCCUGGAUGCACAACAGCACCUGGAUUUGAGGAUCCUGAAGGCUCCGGAAGCAUGUGGCUGCUGAACGAACCCAGAACCCUGGGGCCUGCUGUUCCGAGUGGUCCCAAAGGAGAGAAAGGAGACCAGGGACCCAAGGGUGAAAGGGGACUGGAUGGGGUCAGCACGAUGGGACCUCCCGGGCCCAGAGGGCCACCUGGGCGCAUUGAGGUCUUGUCCAGUUCUUUGAUCAAUAUCACCCACGGGUCCAUGAAUUUCUCGGACAUUCCUGAGCUCAUGGGGCCUCCGGGGCCGGAUGGUGUGCCUGGGCUGCCGGGAUUUCCAGGGCCUAGAGGACCAAAGGGUGACACCGGUGUGCCUGGCUUCCCAGGACUGAAAGGAGAACAGGGUGAGAAAGGAGAGCCGGGUGCCAUUCUGACUGGGGACAUUCCUCUGGAAAUGGUGAAGGGCAAAAAGGGGGAACCUGGAAUGCAUGGAGCCCCGGGACCCAUGGGACCCAAAGGACCACCAGGACACAAAGGAGAAUUUGGCCUCCCAGGACGACCUGGUCGCCCCGGAUUGAAUGGCCUCAAGGGCGCCAAAGGAGACCGAGGGAUCAUGAUGCCGGGCCCACCUGGACUACCAGGCCCUCCAGGACCGCCUGGGCCCCCUGGAGCUGUGGUUAACAUCAAAGGCGCUGUUUUCCCAAUACCUGCCCGACCACACUGCAAAACCCCUCUUGGUUCCAAUCACCCUGAGGAUCCAGAGCUCGUCACUUUCCAUGGUGUUAAAGGAGAGAAAGGAUCCUGGGGUCUUCCUGGCUCAAAAGGAGAAAAAGGUGACCAAGGAGCCCAAGGACCACCAGGUCCUCCUGUUGAUCCAGCUUACCUGAGACAUUAUCUGAACAGCUUGAAGGGGGAGAAUGGAGAUGCUGGGUUCAGGGAACACUCCAACGGCAACUUCUUUGUGUCUGGGCCUCCGGGCCUGCCGGGCAGUCCUGGCCUGAUUGGGCAGAAAGGAGAAACCAUCAUUGGGCCCCAGGGACCACCAGGAAUUCCUGGCCUGCCUGGGCCACCUGGCUUUGGGAGACCUGGUGCACCUGGGCCCCCAGGACCUCCUGGUCCACCAGGGCCUCCUGCCAUCCUGGGUGCAGCUGUGGCCCUUCCAGGCCCGCCUGGUCCUCCAGGACAGCCAGGGCUCCCCGGAUCCAGAAACCUGGUCACAGCAUUCAGCAACAUGAAUGACAUGCUACAGAAAGCACAUCUGGUCAUAGAAGGAACACUCAUCUACCUGAGGGACACCACAGAGGUUUUCAUUCGGGUCCGAGAAGGUUGGAAAAAAUUACAGCUGGGGGAACUGAUCCCCAUUCCUGCUGACAGCCUCCCACCUCCAGCGCUUUCCAGCAAUCCAUACCAGUCUCAGCCUCCACUGAAUCCUGUUCUAAGUGCCAAUUAUGAGAGGCCCGCUCUGCGCCUGGUUGCUCUGAACAUGCCAGUUUCUGGGGACAUUCGAGCAGAUUUUCAGUGUUUCCAGCAGGCCAGGGCUGCCGGACUAUGGUCCACCUUCCGAGCGUUCUUGUCUUCCCACUUGCAAGAUCUCUCCACAAUUGUGAGGAAGGCAGAGAGAUUCACCCUUCCAAUAGUGAACCUCAAGGGCCAAGUACUUUUUAAUAAUUGGGACUCGAUAUUUUCUGGCAAUGGAGGUCAGUUUCCUACACACAUUCCUAUAUACUCCUUUGAUGGCCGAGACGUGAUGACCGAUCCUUCAUGGCCCCAGAAGGUCAUUUGGCAUGGCUCCAACAACCAUGGUGUCCGUCUCGUGGAUAAGUACUGUGAGGCAUGGCGAACCACAGACAUGGCAGUCACGGGAUUUGCCUCCCCACUGAGCUCCGGCAAGAUUCUGGACCAGAAAGCAUAUAGCUGUGCUAACAGGCUAAUUGUUCUGUGUAUUGAAAACAGUAUCAUGACAGACGCUAGGAAGUAAUGUGCUUCCGAUAGUUUGUAGAAGAGUUUUCUAAUUGUUCUUAUGUGAAGAGUUGACACUGAAAUCUAAAAACGUUUAAAUGUUGUAAAUAUUAGGUAUUUUUUAUUACACAGUCAUCAAAAGAGCAACCAAAGAAAACAUACCUCAACAUACUCAAAAGGAAAGACACGAGGACUCAGAUCCAAGUCAAAGCUGAUCCACAUAUUGGUGCUAGAUUCUGCAGGAAGCCCCAUGCAGUGUGAACACACCCCAACACAGAUUAAAGGCAGGGUGAAAACCGAGGCCAUACCGUUUCCCACUCCGUCCUUUGGAAAGGCAUUUCCUCCUUUCAGUCACGGUUAUGGAGUGUAAGAUGUCCUUCGUGUUUUCUUACACAGUCAAUGUUUGGAAACACUACCCCUUUCUAAGUUAUGUACAAACCGAAUGCUUUCAUAUUUUGUAUGCAUCCAUCAUUUUCAGCUGCUGCUCAUACAGAGAAAUAGAACUGCUUUGAAGAUUCUAUUUGUAUUUUCUAUUUGCAUUAGACUUUAUUAUGCUUUUCCCUUAAAAUAGUAUUGCCGUCAUGCUAUAGUAGUUUUAUAUGCUUAUCCAAUCAUAUUUUGCUGUGGCAUCUGUUUAUGUAACUGACCUACUGGGCAAGUUGAAACUGUAAAUUAUCCUAACCUAGAAAAGAAGUAGCACAUAAUUAUUAUCUUUCCGUUGAUGGCCUUCCUCCUCAUCCCCCACCCCGAUUCUAUGAUUUCCAUUUGACAGUUCUGAAUCAUAACUUCACCUGAAAGAGGUUCAUAGAGAUGAAUUUUCUGAGAGGUAUCUCUUCAUGCUGUAUACUUUGAUUUUUUUUCCAUGUAAGAACAUAAAGCCAACUUUUCCAGGUGCUUUCUUCUGUCUGACUUCUUUCCCCAGGUUCUUUAUUCUUCAUCACAGCUGUGGAAGUGACCCCGGAGAGCUUGCUAAUCCUGUCACUGUCACUGUUGCUGGUGCUAACCCUUAGGCAGUGAUCUAAGAACUGAGGUUCUUCCCACAAUGUUCAUUGCGCCCGUAGUCCCCACACAGUAGGGGGGACAAGGUAGAAGAGUUCCAGGAUUUUCUGUGAUUUCACACUGUCGCAGCACAUGAUUGUGAUGUCUGAAGGAGGCUGGGAUAAACAUGCACAAUAUCAACUGUGCUUAUUAAACAUCAGAUUUCUCUAAGA